AAGGGCGUGGCCAAACAGCUUUCAGCUGAUUAAUAACAGAAGGUCAGACAUGAGUGAAGAAUACUUGCAUUAUUUUAGGAUGGUAACGAUAUGGAAAACAGAUUUACAAAAAAUUAUAAAAGUGUGUCCUAGAAGGACACUGUAGAAGGAAAUUGAACACCAGAGAGAGAGAGAGAAAAGGUGAGGGAUUGAGAGAGGGAGGAAUUAUAUAAAAAAGAAGAAAGGAAAAAGAUUAUGGAAUAAGAAAAGAUAUCGAGUAUAACGUAAGUAAUAUGUCAUAAGGGAUAUGUAAUUUGAAAAUAAGAAAGUAGAGAACAGCUUCAUUAUUCAUGUAGGCUACCACUCACAUUCCAGCUCAGUAGGUGGCAGCACUGCUACAAUGCUGGCUGCCAGCCGCCAUAAUAACAAAAGAAGAAGAAGAAGCAAACGAGAAACUUAAACAAGAAACAGAGGAAGACAUGCCACAUUCUACAAAGAAGGUUCGCCGGUCUGAAGCUAUUAUGAAGUCAGAUUACUACCAAAGACUGAACAGUGUUGCCAGGCGACGCUAUGAUGAUAAAAUCUCUGCUGUGGGUGAAGAUCCGUAUCUAAUCCCCCCAACACAGCAAAAACCCGUCAGAGAGUGUCGCAUCGAGGAGUUGCCAGGCCUGUGUUACCCUGAUAUAUUCAUGUUUCUCAUCGAAGUACCAGGGUACAGCGCAGGCGCACUGAAGGCAUACAAGAGCCUGGACGCUUACCGGUUCUUCCUCCGUGGCUGGGUCAGAUCUCUGAUGCUGUGCACCAGGAAAGACAAGUUCAUCAUAACCAGCAAGGUGAUCCAGUUUGAAGGCCUCACUGAGAAUCCUCACCCUGUGUGGACCAUUAUCGAGCCCAGUGGCCUCGUCGUUUCUGGUCAUUGCACAUGUAUGGCGAGUUCAGAUGUGGUCUGUUCACAUGUUGCCGCCACGCUGUUUGCACUUGAUGCAUGUGUGCGUAUACAGCAGGAGAAGUCAUCCCCUGCCCUCCCAAAUUCUCUGCGUAGCCGGCGGAGUGUUGAACCUGUGCGUGACGUCAACUUUUCAUACCCAAAUAAGAGGAGAAAGACCAUCGAUGAAAAUUCAAGACAGUCUACACCUGCAUUUCCACCUGCCACAGCGGAGGAAAUAAAGCAGUUUUAUGACAGCCUCGCCAGUUCAGGUGCUAAGAGUGUAGUUCUGUCUGUGCUGCCAGGCUACAGCGAGGAGUUCAACAGUUCCACCUGACCUGACUUUUUAUUAUUUUUUAUAUGGCUGUAUAAAUGUACAUAAGAAAACCAAACCACAAUAAAUGUAGAAAAUGGAA